AAGAAAUGUGUUACUUCCAGGUACCUGAAAAGGAGCAAUGGCUACAGAAUCUCCACGCCGACCRAGCAGAUGCACGGGAGGAGUGGUCGUUCGCCCACAAGCUGUCACGGAACAGUCAUAUAUGGAAAGUGUUGUUACAUUUCUUCAAGAUGUUGUGCCACAGGCCUACAGUGGUACCCCACCAGCAGAAGAAAAGGAAAAAAUAAUUUGGGUCCGGUUUGAAAAUGCAGAUUUAAAUGAUACAUCAAGGAAUAUGGAGUUUCAUGAAAUUCAUAGCACUGGGAAUGAGCCACCAUUACUGCUCAUGAUUGGAUACAGUGAUGGAAUGCAAGUCUGGAGCAUACCGAUUAGUGGUGAAGCGCAGGAGCUCUUUUCCAUGCGCCAUGGUCCAGUUCGAGCUGCACGAAUCUUACCAGCUCCACAAAUUAGUGCUCAGAAAUGUGAUAAUUUUUCUGAGAAGAGACCUCUUCUUGGUGUGUGCAAAAGCAUCGGAUCUUCUGGCACAAGUCCACCUUACUGUUGUGUAGACCUGUACUCUUUGCGAACAGGAGAGAUGGUCAAGUCCAUACAGUUCAAAACUCCCAUUUAUGAUCUGCAUUGCAACAAAAGGAUACUCGUCGUAGUCUUGCAGGAGAAGAUCGCCGCCUUUGACAGCUGUACUUUCACCAAAAAAUUCUUCGUUACAAGCUGCUAUCCUUGUCCAGGGCCAAACAUGAAUCCUAUUGCUCUUGGAAGCCGUUGGCUUGCUUAUGCAGAAAAUAAGCUGAUCCGAUGCCAUCAGUCCCGUGGUGGAGCCUGUGGAGACAACAUUCAGUCUUACACUGCCACAGUCAUAAGUGCUGCCAAAACGAUAAAGACUGGACUUACAAUGGUUGGGAAAGUAGUUACCCAGCUGACAGGGACGCUGCCUUCAGGAGCAACCGAAGAAGAAAUUUUAGCUCAUAGCAAUAUUCGUCGGAGUCCUCUGGUGCCGGGAAUCAUCACUAUUAUUGACACAGAGACAGUUGGAGAAGGGCAGGUACUUGUUAGCGAGGAUUCUGACAGUGAUGGUAUUGUGGCCCACUUCCCUGCACAUGAAAAGCCUAUUUGCUGCAUGGCUUUUAACCCUAGCGGGAUGUUGCUGGUCACUACUGACACAUUAGGCCAUGAUUUCCAUGUUUUUCAAAUACUGACACAUCCUUGGUCAUCAUCACAAAGUGCUGUCCAUCAUUUGUAUACACUUCACAGGGGAGAGACUGAAGCCAAAGUACAGGACAUCUCCUUCAGCCACGACUGUCGCUGGGUGGUGGUGAGCACCCUCCGUGGCACUUCGCAUGUUUUUCCCAUCAAUCCUUACGGAGGGCAGCCCUGUGUCCGGACACACAUGUCGCCCCGCGUGGUAAAUCGCAUGAGCCGCUUCCAGAAGAGCGCGGGCUUGGAGGAGAUUGAGCAAGAGCUGACUUCGAAGCAAGGAGGGCGCUGUAGCCCUGUCCCUGGCCUGUCAAGCAGCCCGUCUGGCUCCCCACUCCACGGUAAGCUGAACAGCCAGGACACUUACAAUAACUUCACCAACAACAACCCCGGGAACCCUCGGCUCCUGCCUCUUCCGAGCUUGACAGUGGUGUUGCCCCUUGCUCAAAUCAAGCAGCCAAUGACAUUAGGGACCAUCACCAAGCGCACAGGACCUUACCUGUUUGGAGCAGGAUGUUUUUCUAUAAAAGCUCCAUGCAAAAGCAAGCCAGCUCCACAAAUUUCACCCAGCAAGUCUGUGGGAGGAGAGUUUUGUGUCGCCGCAGUCUUUGGAUCAUCAAGAUCCUGGUUUGCCAACAAUCCUGGUCUGAAAAGAGAAAAAGAUCAAUCAAAGCAAUUUGUAGUGGAAUCACUGUACAUUAUCAGUUGUUACGGCAGCCUGGUGGAACACGUUUUGGAACCGCGUCCUCUCAGCACUGCUCCCAAGAUUAGUGAUGACACACCCUUGGAAAUGGUGACGUGCCCGAGAGCCAGCUGGACUUUGGUUAGAACUCCUCAGUGGAAUGAGCUCCAACCACCAUUUAAUGCAAACCAUCCACUGCUCCUGGCGGCAGAUGCAGUGCAGUACUACCAGUAUCUCCUCGCUGGCUUGGUCCCACCAGGGAGUCCUGGACCCAUUACUCGGCAUGAAUCCUAUGACAGCCUGGCAUCUGACCACAGUGGUCAAGAGGAUGAAGAGUGGCUUUCCCAGGUUGAAAUAGUGACUCACACCGGACCUCAUAGACGCCUAUGGAUGGGCCCACAGUUCCAGUUCAAAACGAUUCACCCGUCUGGCCAAACAACAGUCAUUUCAUCGAGUUCUUCCGUGCUGCAGUCACAUGGUCCAAGUGACACCCCACAGCCUCUUCUGGACUUUGAUACAGAUGAUCUGGAUCUCAACAGUCUCAGAAUUCAGCCGGUUCGCUCUGAACCCGUUAGCAUGCCGGGAUCGUCACGGCCGGUUUCUGAUCGCAGAGGAGUUUCCACAGUGAUUGAUGCUACCUCAGGUACCUAUGACCGGAGCGUGACGUUGCUGGAGGUGUGCGGGAGCUGGCCCGAGAACUUCGGCCUGCGCCACAUGUCUUCCCUGGAGCACACCGAGGAGGGCCUUCGAGAGCGCCUGGCCGACGCGAUGUGCGAGUCGCCCAGCAGGGACAUAGUGGGAUCAGGAACAGACACAGCCGGUGAAGUAGCGGUAAAAAGCAUCACCACAAAGAGGCACAUGGCUUUGAAAUGUUUUGAGCUGCAGCGAGAGGGAAGCAUAGAGACGCUGAGCAACAGCUCGGGCUCCACCAGCGGGAGCAUCCCCCGCAACUUCGACGGGUACCGCUCCCCGCUCCCGACUAACGAGAACCAGCCCCUCAGCCUCUUCCCCAGCGGCUUCCCGUGAGCCGGGCGGCAGCGCGGGGACGG